GUUAAUGCCGCGUCCUGUUGGGAAGGCAGGUCGACCUGCAGACCAUGGAGUGGGGAGCCCAGCGGGGGGGAGCCGAGGAGGGCCCCUGACACAUCAGGAGCCGAGAGUCUCCAGCAGUGAAGAGCACGCUGCCUUUGACUGCAGUCAUCCCAUACCGGCUGGCUCCAAACAUUAUUUUGAAUACCUCCAGAGCAAAGGGGUCACCCAUUUCAAAGUCCCACUGUCAUGGGCCAAGCUCCUUCCCACAGGUCUCCCCAGCAACCCUGGACCCGGUGUAGUUAGUUGUUACCAGACCCUCCUGAAGCAGCUGCUGGAGGUGGGACUGCAGCCUCUCGUCAUCCUUCACGGAUCAGGCGUUCCAGACUCUCUGAAGUCCAGAUAUGGCGGCUGGGAGAGUCAGUGGCUGCUAGAGAUGUUUCAGCAGUAUGCCGAGUUUGCCUUGACGGAGUUUGGCCCGCUGGCACACUCAUGGGUGACAUUUAGUGACCUGGAUGGGGUUUUGCAUGAGGCGCAGGGUGCAGAUCAUCACAGUCUUCUGCAAAAUAUCCUCCAGCUCAACAAGAAGAUCCACCAGUUUUACCAUCAGAACUUUCCUGGCCAUGGGAGACGACUGUCAGUUGGGCUUACAGGAAGAGAUGAAGCUACACUUUCCCAACUUAAAGGUUCAACAACUGUCGAUUUCUUGUCGGUGGUCAUUGAUUACAGCUGCGCCUCGUCUGCAAACUUUGCACUGGAGCUGAAGGAAUUACAGAUUUCCAGUGGAAACCUGCCUAUCAUGAUAUACAAGCUGGCAGUUCGUGAUUGUUCCCACAACGAUCUAGAGUCUCUUGGGGAUUUAUUUAAGGGUUAUGUGUAG